UUAAUUAGUUUAAUGGUUCAUGCAUUUGCCUUAAAAGAUGGUAUCCAGUACUCGCAAUCACUUACUUAUCCGAGGUUGUGACCUCGUUUGUUUAAAAGAAAAAAGAAAUAUAGGAGACUUGGAAGUAGGGGAAAGAAUCCCUUGCAACUCAUGGUUGCUCUAUAUGUGUCCUUGGUUGCUUUAAAUAUAGAGCAUAAACUCCGCAAAAUUUAACAAGAGUAAUUGUAGUAAAGAUCUCUGAAAGUCCUUACAACAGUGGUCCUGUAAUGGCUCCCACCACUGUCAGCUUGAACCUUCUGGUUGACUCAACAAGCCAAAGAGUUCUUUUUGCUGAAGCUGGGAAAGAUUUUGUUGAUUUUCUGUUCAACAUUCUGUCAUUGCCUCUAGGCACUGUCAUAGGGCUUCUCACCAAACAAGACAUGGUCGGUUGCCUCGGAAACCUUUACGAGAGCCUUGAAAAUCUGAGCGAUACUUACCUGCAGCCAAUGACGAAUAAAGACACCCUUUUGAAGCCUAAAGUUUCCGAUUAUGCUGCAAAUUUACCAUCCUUGCUGCCAAACAUUCAACCGCUGACAUCCACCAACAUUUAUAACUGUGGCAAUAGUUACCAUCGUAGCGGCUGUGGUAUCUAUGUGGCAAAUGAUUCGAACUCCAUUUGUCCUUCCUGCAACAAUAUUAUGAGCCAAAUCGCAACCGUUGUCAAUCCACCAACGAAGAAGGCUUCAUCAUGUGAUGAAGGAGGUUAUGUCAAAGGGGUUAUAACUUACAUGAUCAUGGAUGAUUUGGUUGUAAGGCCUAUGUCAACUAUUUCUUGUAUCACUUUACUCAACCAGUUCAAUAUCAAGGAUGUAGGGGCUCUUGAAGAGAAAGUGAUUGAUAUAGGGGCGGAUGAGGGUGUGAAAUUGCUGAAGGCAUCUUUGCAGUCCAAGACCGUGCUCACUGAUGUAUUUCUCGGGAAGAAGGGGGACCAAAGUGAUGCUAGCAAUUCUAGUGCAGUGGUUGCUGAAUGGGAGGGGGAACUCUCGGCUGAGGGUGCUUGGGUGAUGGGAGCUGUGUUUUGGCCAAAAAUGGGGAUAUGGGGGCUCUUGGCUUGUGAUAUUACUGGUGGUUCGGUUGGUCGAUGGGGCAAUGGUAGUGGCUUGUGGAGAGGAGUUCUGGUUCGGUUAGGCAGUUGGAUGAGUAGAAGCUUCUCUGGUGAUGUCUCGGUGAGGCUGUGGAUUAGGCUCUAG